UGUUGUGUCGCGAAUUGUAUUCACAAACCUUCCUAACUUUGUAUAGGUUGGGCGUCCCAAGCAAGCAGUCGUUCCGUUCCGCAACUGACCAACUGAAAACACAAAAACACAAAAACAGCGCGCAAGUUCGACGAAGGAAACCAAGAAGAGAAAUACAAAAUUGAAAAAAUAUAUAACUGUACAGUGUGACUAGUGCAAGUUCAUCACAAUGGCAUUCCGCGCCGCUGGACUUUUUCUCAAAAAGGAGCUUACAGCUCCCAUCCAACAGCAACUGCGUUUAAUGCGCACUUCGGCCACCAACAAGGCGCAAUUUUUAAAUAAUUCACCGAAUACUGCACUGGACAAGAGUAUACUUCAACGUUAUCGUAACCUGGACACUCCUUCUAACCGUGUGCAAGCUACUUACCUCUGGAUCGAUGGAACAGGCGAGAACAUUCGUCUAAAGGAUCGUGUACUGGACAAAGUGCCCAGCUCCGUGGAGGAUCUUCCUGAUUGGCAGUAUGAUGGUAGCUCAACUUAUCAAGCUCAUGGUGAGAAUUCCGACACAACUCUGAAGCCUCGAGCUGUUUACCGGGAUCCCUUUAAGCCGGGUAAAAACGAUAUUAUUGUCAUGUGUGACACGUAUAGUGCUGAUGGAAAACCCACGCCUUCAAACAAACGCGCCGCAUUCCAGGAAGCUGUAAACAAGAUUGGCGACCAGGAACCAUGGUUCGGCAUCGAGCAAGAGUACACACUACUUGACGUCGAUGGCAGACCAUUUGGUUGGCCCGAUAACGGUUUUCCGGCACCACAAGGUCCUUACUACUGUGGUGUAGGAGCUGACCGCGUUUAUGCGCGCGAUCUUGUAGAGGCCCAUGCUAUUGCUUGCCUUUACGCAGGAAUUGAUUUCGCCGGUACCAACGCUGAGGUUAUGCCAGCACAAUGGGAAUACCAAGUUGGCCCCAGCAACGGCAUGAAGGCCAGUGAUGAUCUCUGGGUGUCUCGUUAUAUUCUGCAGCGCAUAGCUGAAGAGUAUGGCGUAGUUGUGACCUUCGACCCCAAACCAAUGGAGGGCCAGUGGAAUGGUGCUGGUGCCCACACAAAUUUUUCCACAAAAGCCAUGCGUGCUGACGGCGGCAUGAAAGCCAUCGAGCAGGCAAUCGAGAAACUGAGCAAACAACAUGAACGUCAUAUCAAGGCAUACGAUCCUAAGGAGGGUAAGGAUAAUGAGCGUCGCCUGGUUGGUCGCCUAGAGACAUCUAGCAUUGAUAAAUUCUCAUGGGGCGUUGCCAACCGAGCUGUAAGUGUUCGCGUUCCACGUGGUGUAGCGACAGCUGGCAAAGGAUACUUUGAGGAUCGACGUCCCAGUUCGAACUGCGAUCCUUAUGCGGUGUGUGGUGCGUUGGUACGUACGUGCCUAUUGGAAUAAGGGAAUAGUAGGAGGGUUUAGAAGAUUAAGGGCCCUUUUUAUACGCUACUAGUGGGAGUUCAAUUUUUGAUGUAUAUAUAUGUAUAAUCAUUAUACAAUACUGAACGUGCGGCCGGCAGUUGGUCUGUUGUAUGCAUAGUUUGGCCAUUUAUCCGAUUUGACUAAAAUUACGAAUUGUUUGGUUUGUGUGUAAGAAGACAAAUAAAUUGAGAAAUGAGAAAUAUGUUUAGAAUCUAAGUAAUGCAAAACUAAGAGUAUGAAGUGAAUAGUGAAGAUUAAAAAUGAGAUGAAAUAUAUUCUGCCAAAAUAUGAAUAAAAUACAUAUUAUUGAUUUAUUAUUAUUUUGUAAUUUAUAUAAAUUGUAUAAAUUAAUUAUGUUUACUCUGCAUGACCAAAUUAAUUAUUGUAUGUUUUAAAUAUAUUUUAUUUCAUACAUUAUUUAUAUAGUCAAAAAUGCAUUUCGAUUGACUUUGUUGAUUAUUUUCCAUUAAGUAAAUAAACUAAAAACGUCAAGUGAUGUUAAUGAAAAAUGAACAAAUGAAAUGACCUUAUUAAACAUACAUAUUCAUAUAUCGUGUAAAAUUCGUGUGUUUACAUGAGCGCCAUACAUUUAUGUAUCAUAUACUGCACAAAAAAUGAAUUAUAUACAUAUACUGAGCACAUGAUCUAUCCGUUGUUAUUGUUAAACAGAAUGAAUCUAAAAUCAAGUAAUGUAGAUCGUUAAUGUUGGUUAAAUUUCGACAAAAAUCAUAAUACAUAUUCAUACAUACAUAUACAUAUUACAAAGAAAAUAUCAACUAUCAUAUUCAAAUUAAAAAUAAGUUUCUUUGGAAAAUUCCACGAUAAAAUUGAAAACCAAAA